AUGAGUGCCACCAGAUUGGACCGUCUCGUCACGCUCCUCGAGACUGGCAGCACAGCAUUGAUCCGCAACACAGCAGCCGACCAACUUGCUGACGUCCAGAAACAACAUCCCGAUGAACUGUUCAACCUCCUCACCCGUGUCAUCCCUUACCUGAGGUCAAAGAGCUGGGAGACUCGAGUCGCUGCUGCCAAGGCCAUUGGCGGCAUUGCCGCUAACGCCGACAAGUUUGAUCCCAAUGCUGAUGACGAUGAUGCCGAUGAAUCCAGCAAAUCCAGCCUCAAGUCCGAGUCGAAUCACAAUGUCAAGUCCGAAGAUAGCAAUGGCGCCGUCAAGAAAGAAGAAAACGGCGACGCUGUCUUGCCUCCCCUCUCCCACGGACUCGAUCUAGCUACCCUCGACCUGCCCUCCAUCCUCAAGUUUGGUAAAGUCUUGGCUUCCUCUGGUGCAAAGGAGCAUGACUACAAGCUGGCUGCCAUGGACCCCGCCGAGCGCCUGGAGUACCAGAAGAGUACCCUCCUCAAGCGCCUUGGCUUCGAGGGUCCAUGGACCGAGGACCUCUCACCACCUCACGAAAUCAUGCCUCAAACACCCGGGCCCAAGACGCCUGCACCAAAUCGCAUCGACACAAAUGUCCCACGUGCCGACAGCUCAAAUCUAGCCUCUUCUCCUCCCCCUGCAUUGGCCACGCCCAACGGCCAGGGACUAAGUAAAAGGCAGCAAAACGCCCUCAAACGCAAGCAAAAAAAGAAUGCUGCCGGGGGUGCUAACAAGGUCCAAAUCGUUGAUUUUAACGCAAACUCACGCAAAGAUUCACAGUCAGAUGCAGUAGAAACCCCCAGUCGCCCCCAUCCAAUUGCCCUUAAGCUCGAAAAGACCGAGAACGGCGAGGAAGGCGACAGUGGUGUAAACGACUACUUUUCGCUCGAGCGCAACGGCGGAGACGACGACGCAAAGUUUGUCAAGGAGUUCAAGGGCGCGCCCGUACCCGAAAAGUCGUCGUUUCAGGCCGAGGCUGUGGAGGCUGGGCUAGAAUGGCCAUUCGAACGUGUGUGUUCGUAUCUUGCUGUCGAACUUUUUGACUUCACCUGGGAGGUCCGUCAUGGGGCUGCCAUGGGUCUUCGAGAAAUCCUCCGUGUGCACGGCGCCGGCGCCGGCAGGCGGAAAGGGCUCACUCGAGCCGAGAAUGAUCAGCUCAAUCAACAAUGGCUCAACGACCUGGCGUGUCGCAUGAUCUGCAUCUUCAUGCUCGAUCGCUUUGCAGACUUCACUGGUGAUAAUGUCAUUGCACCAAUACGUGAAACUGCAGGACAAGCACUCGGUUCCUUGCUGCAAUACAUGACUGGCGACAAUGUGCUGGCAACUUUCAGAGUUCUCAAUCGCCUAAUCAUGAAUCAGGACUUACCUGUUGACACCAACCCUCUCAGUGCACCCUGGGCCCUUUGUCAGGGUGGCAUGAUUGGCUUGCGGUACCUUGUCGCUGUGCGAAACGAUCUGCUCCUUCAAGAUGGUACUUUGAUGGAUGGUGUGCUCGCUGCAGUCACCAAUGGCCUGAGUAAUGACGAUGAUGAUGUACGAGCCAUCAGUGCCGCAACGCUAAUCCCCGUUGUAAAGGAAUUCAUCGAGAUGCGGCCCAAGGCACUCGAAGGAUUGAUGAAUGUCGUCUGGUCAUGUCUCUCCAGCUUGCAGGAUGAUCUCAGCGCUAGCACCGGUUUCAUCAUGGACUUGCUGGCUAAGCUCUGCGGUUUCCCUCAAGUGCUCGAGGCAAUGCAAGCAAACGCUCGCCAAGACCCAAGCCAGUCAUUCCACGAGCUCGUCCCUCGCCUCUUCCCCUUCCUACGACAUACCAUUACUAGCGUUCGUGCGGCUGUGUUGCGUGCACUAAUCACAUUCCUCAAUAUUCAGAGCCAAGAAUCAGAUGGCUGGAUAGACAGCAAGGCGUUGCAGUUGAUAUUCCAGAACAUCUUGCUCGAGCGCAAUGAAGGCGUUCUGAAGCUCUCAAUGCAGCUUUGGAAUGCCGUAGUUGCAAGCUUGGGUAGUCAAUUACCCAACCAUCUGGAGCCCGUAUUGGAUGCGAUUGUUCCCCUCACCCUUACCCCCAUCGGAGUCUCUCGUCACCCCAUUUCCCUGGACAAAUCGCUUCUUAUCAAACCUUCUGGGCAAGCCAUGGGACCCCCACCGAACACCGAGACGAGCCGGAAAUCGACACCGCCCGAUGGCGCCGAACCAGCCCAAAAGAGGAGAAAGAAGUCCCGCCCAGGAAAAGACGACAUGGCAAUACCAGCACCAUCCUCUCAAUCUCACAACGUCGACGGACACAUGAUUACUGGAGAUCUGGAACUCAUUGGAGCAGAUGUCAUGAUCAGAUCCAGAACCUCCGCAGCCCAAGCUCUGGGAACAGCCAUGGGUGCCUGGCCCGAAGAAUCGCGACUUCAGGCUUUCAAGUCCAGGCUGGUAAGCCCACUGUCCUCGCCAAACUCCACGACUCAAUUGACGGCUGCCAUCAUUAUCGAGGAGUUUGGAAAGAACCUGAAAGCCAAGGACGCGUUGGCCGAGUUGUUCGUCCAACACCUGCUGCCCAUGGUAGAAGGCGAGAGACCUCUAGCCUAUGAGGAUCUUGUGCCAAAACUCCAGAUUGUUCGCACGCAAUGUUCGUCGUUGCUCCAUAUCUUCCAGGAAGCACACGUACAGAACCUGCCAAACCUUUCAACUAUCGUCCAAGGAUUACCAUUUACAAACAACUAUGCUUUUGGAGUUGCGGAUGCUGAAAAGCUGGUCACUGUGCAAUAUGAGAAGCUAAAGAAGGCUAUGACACCUUCCUCGCGUAUGAUCGCUGCAGCCAACCUAGAGACGACGCGCAAAGAAGUAGAGGCCAGCAUUCAGGAAGCCAAGAACAUCAAGGAAGAGCGCGAUAUUCGAAUCAAGGCCGCUGCUGCUGGCGCACUUGUGGCGCUUGACUCGCCUCCCAAGAAACCAUCACCACCUAUCAAGGCUAUGAUGGAUAGCAUCAAGAAGGAAGAGAAUGUGGAAUUGCAAAAACGUUCUGCAGCUGCAGUUGCCGGUUACAUUGUACACCUGGUCAAUGGCAAGAGAUCGGGCGUCGUGAACAAGGUUGUCGGCAACCUGGUCAAAUUCUACUGCAUGGAGACGGCAGAAACUCCCGAAUUCGCUGGGCAAUCGCACAUUGAAACCGGUAUCCUGACGCUUAAGAAAGACGAAGACGUACGGGACCAUCCAGACGCUGCUCGAUUUGCAGAGGAGUCACGGGCUGCGAGAAUCACCAAGCGUGGUGCACGCGAGGGCCUGGAACAGGUUGUUGAACGUUUCGGUGCUGAGGUUUUCGAAAAGGUGCCCAUUCUGAAGGACCUGAUUGAGCGGCCGAUCAAGGAGGCAUUCACCGAAGCGUCGCUGCCCCCGCAAAUCUUCAAUGAAGACGGUGUCUUUGGACAAGAAGUUGUCGAUGGCCUGUCGACUUUACGCGCUCUGGUAGGCAAACUGCAUCCAAGCGUGAGAAGUUUUGUCAAGGAACUCCUUCCACUCAUUGCCAGGGCUUUACAGAGCAAGCUGUACGUAUUGCGGUACGCAGCUGCUAAAUGCUUUGCGACGAUUUGCAGCGUCAUGUCUGUUGAGGGUAUUACAAUGCUUGUCGAGAGUGUGCUGCCAACCAUUAGCGAUGGUGGUAACGUACAUGCUCGCCAGGGAGCAAUCGAGUGCAUAUACCACCUCAUCCACGUCAUGGACGAUGCAAUCCUGCCAUAUGUCAUCUUCCUCAUCACUCCUGUCCUUGGACGAAUGAGUGAUUCAGACAAUGACGUCCGAUUACUCGCCACAACCAGCUUCGCUACACUGGUCAAACUCGUACCACUCGAGUCGGGUAUUCCCGAUCCACCAGGUCUUCCAGACUCCCUGCUCAAAGGCCGAGACCGAGAGCGCAAGUUUGUUGCUCAAAUGCUAGACGCCAAGAAGGUGGAGCCUUUUGAGAUUCCUGUCGGCAUCAAGGCAACGCUCCGUUCCUAUCAGCAAGAUGGUGUCAACUGGCUGGCAUUCCUUAAUCGGUAUAACCUCCACGGAAUCCUCUGUGACGACAUGGGUCUUGGUAAGACUCUACAAACUCUUUGCAUGGUGGCUAGUGACCAUCACAUGCGUGCUGACGAGUUUGCCAAAUCUGGAGAUCCAAACUUCCGUCGCCUACCGUCUCUCAUUGUGUGCCCGCCCACCCUGUCUGGUCACUGGCAGCAGGAGAUUCGCCAAUAUGCGCCUUUCCUUAGCUGCGUUGCUUACGUAGGCUCGCCACCAAUCCGAAGUCAGUACAGGAACGACCUUGACAAAGUAGACAUUGUCAUCACUUCCUACGACAUUUGCCGCAACGACGCCGAUAUCCUCAAGCCCAUCAACUGGAACUACUGUGUCCUAGACGAAGGACACUUGAUCAAGAAUUCAAAGUCAAAGACAAGCCAGGCUGUCAAGCAGUUUCAGUCCAACCACCGCCUCAUUCUCUCCGGCACGCCAAUUCAGAACAACGUCCUUGAGCUGUGGUCUUUGUUCGACUUCCUCAUGCCAGGUUUCCUUGGUACCGAAAAGGUCUUCCAGGAGCGUUUUGCCAAGCCCAUUGCUGCAUCUCGGUUUGCAAAGAGCUCGUCAAAGGAGCAAGAACGGGGUGCUUUGGCAAUUGAAGCUCUUCACAAGCAAGUGUUGCCCUUCCUCCUUCGUCGUCUCAAGGAAGAGGUUCUAGAUGAUCUACCACCCAAGAUUCUACAGAACUACUACUGCGAUCUUUCCGAGCUGCAGCGCAACCUCUUUGACGAUUUCACCAAACGUCAAGGUAAAGAAAUCCAGUCCAAGGCUGGUAAUGCCGAUCGUGAGAGCAAGCAACACAUUUUCCAGGCUUUGCAGUACAUGAAGAAACUUUGCAACUCACCUUCGCUUGUUGUCAAGGGCCCCACCAACAAGGCAUACGAGUCAACUCAACAGUACCUCAAAAAGCACAACACUACGAUUGACGAUAUUGCGCACGCACCCAAGCUCGGGGCUCUCAAGGAUCUGCUUGUCGAUUGUGGUAUCGGAGCAUCAGACGUUGUCAGCGACAAGUCGGCGAAUGCGAACGGCGACUUACCCGAAGCUGUCUCCCAGCAUCGCGCUCUCGUCUUCUGUCAGAUGAAGGAGAUGCUCGACAUGGUGCAGCAUAAUGUGCUCGAAAAGUUGCUGCCAUCCGUUCAGUUUAUGCGUCUAGACGGUGGUGUUGAAGCCACCAAGCGACAAGAAAUUGUCAACAAGUUCAACACAGAUCCGUCUUACGACGUCUUGCUUCUUACCACUAGUGUCGGUGGUCUCGGUCUCAAUUUGACUGGUGCCGACACCGUCAUCUUCGUCGAGCACGAUUGGAACCCGCAAAAGGAUAUCCAAGCCAUGGACCGCGCGCAUCGUAUUGGUCAAAAGAAGGUAGUCAACGUCUACCGCAUUGUUACGCGCGGUACCCUGGAGGAGAAGAUCCUAAAUCUCCAACGAUUCAAAAUCGACGUUGCCUCGACAGUUGUCAACCAACAAAACGCCGGUCUGCAGUCGAUGCAAACGGAUCAGAUCCUUGAUCUCUUCAACGUAUCUGCUGACUCAAACGAUCCUUCUGCCUUGCCUGCACCGCCUUCAAACGCCAAGGACGACGGCACUGGCAUCGACGAAAACGACGCUGUCGAUGCCACGGGCGCGCUGAGAGAAAAGGGCAAAAAGGGCUUCUUGGAUGAACUGGGCGAUCUCUGGGACGAGAAGCAGUACGACGAAGAGUUUGACCUUGAUGGCUUCUUGGGCAAGAUGAAAGCUUAG